GUGGGUUUUGACUCAUAUAUGAUUUCUUAUGAGGAUUAUUUUGUUACCGUUGUUAUGUAUGUCAAUUCGCUAUCAAAUACCGGUGUGUUCCUUAUUUUCUUACCUUGCAUUCAUCAACAUUCGAGCCAUCGUUUCCUUGCUUAUACGAUUGCAACAAUUUAUAAUAUGGGAAGUGAGAUACGGAAAGUAGUUUCUAGAGGGAUUAGACUGUUUCUGGAUUUGCGGGGCAUAUAUUUUAUGCCUCAUAGUUUUAUGCCUUUUAUGAUUGAGUCUACUGAGAAUUUACUGAACAUUGUGAGAAUUUUAUUAGAUGUGUUGCUGGUGUUGUAA